AUACAUUACAUUUUCAACUUUGUCAUCUCUAUUGCAAUGGCCACCUCUAGUAAAUCAUUUCGCCGCAGCAGUAAAUUUUUUUAAAUAAUAAUAAAUAAGCAAAACACGCAAUUGAUGUGAUUUUUUUUCUAUUCUGAGCGACUUCUUCAGAACUGAUAGCUUUAAACAAAAUCGAAAAUCAUGAAUCAAAUGAUAUAUGAAGAUGAGUUUACUGAGAUAGAGACACUGCACGAUGAAGAUUUUUAUUUGGAGGAUGAAGUUAUUGAGAUCGCUCCAUUUGAAACAAAUGUCAAUAACAAUAACAACCAUUAUAUUGGUAAGCGAUUAACGUGUUCCGUCUUAGGCUGUGGCUAUCAGACAGACAGGCGCUGGGACUUACGACGUCAUUGGAACUCAAUGAAACACCAAAACGAUGAAGUACCCUAUGAAUCGGACUCGGACAUAAAACGAUCUGUCUUUACCUGCAACUUUUGUGACUAUAAAACGGCAAAAAAGUUUUGCUAUGAACGUCAUAAAAAGAGUACAAAACAUUUUCGCCGCAAGGAAAAACUAAUGAAAGAGAGCCAAGAUGAUGAUUCGGCAGAGGAUCAACAAGAGGAUCAGAGUCAUCUCUAUAAGUGCUAUACUUGUGAUUAUGCGACAGCGAAAAAAUUCUGCUAUGAUAGGCACGUAGAAUCGCGCAAGCAUCGAAUGAAAAUUCAAGAGGCGGAAGACAACGUAGAUGAUGAAUUGAUAGUUUAUUCUGAUAUAAAAUACGGGUCUCCUUCGGAAUCCAAUGAUGAGGAAUUCAUCGUAUGCGAAAAGGAAGUUUUCGAGCCCAACGACUUAAUAAUCGUGGACGAAGAUGUUGUGAAGAAGGAGAUUAUUUACAUGCCCAGCAAUUCAAUAGUCUCCUCCAAGGAGCAGGAGGACACUGUCGAGGAAACCCGUUACUAUAUGGUGUUAAACAACGACUAAGUCGUCUAGUUUUUAUGAAACGCUAAUCAACACUUCUAAGUUUCUUUGCGCAUGCGCACAAAACGUCAACUGUGUUCAACUGUUGUUUUCCCCAUUCAUAUGUUUUUUUUCCUUCUCCUGCACUGAAAAUUUUGUAAAUUAAUGC